AAUGGCCAACAAGUAUAUACAAUUACCAUGGAGCACCACGAUACAGAUAUAGACGAGACAACCACACGGGUGGAGAAUCUACGCCUCGGUGUCGCCAGGACGGAGCAGAGCCAGUCUUCUUCAAAUGACACAGGAGAAUCCAAAACAAAGAAAAACUAUAAUGAGCUGCCUACAGAGUUGAAAAUAAUGAUCUGGGAGUACUGUUUGCCAGGAAGACGCCUCAUCCAAUUUUCCGUUCCCCUUCGUCGCUUAAGAAUUGGCAAUCAUGCAGGAGAUCCACCGCUGCCAACUGCACUCCACAUCUGCAGACUCAGCAGGGAGACGACUUUGAAAGAAUAUCGGCUUGUCUACGAGCAUCAUAUUCCGUACUAUGAGACUUACAGAAGCGUUAACGGAAAGAAAUUGCUUUCACUAUUUCCCGUCGCACGUCACCGCCCUAUCUGCUUCAGUCCUAAGAUCGACCAGUUCUGCAUCGACGCCAGCGAAAUGUAUGAUUACCAAAAUGACACCGAGCUCCAAAAGGUUUUAGAGGAGUUCCCAGGUUGUCUAGAUGAUAUUCAGGUUUUGGAAGUCCGUCAUGUAACUUGGGGAGCCAGCCCAGGCGUCCCUGAUAUGAGGACAUACCAGAGUGUUGAAUAUGGAGUCUUGAACCAUUUCCGAAACUUGAAAGAGCUCCAUAUGAUAUCAGCUGAGAAACAGCAGCCAUGUGGGAGUAGACAAAGCUUAAUGGUGACAAGGAGGGCGCAUGCAAGUUUCAUGAAGUGGUAUGAAAAGGCAAGGGAUUUGGAUCCGGAAGGUUCGAAGCGAAGUGUGCCAAAGGUGUCUUUUCACUGUUAUAGGGAGAAACGGGUUAUGUCUGACGAUGACCGCCGGCACUGGAAGAAGCUCUAUAUCGCAGAUUCGGAAGAUCUACGGCUGUCGCAUUGAUACAAGCCACAAUGGAGUGAGAAGGGUUACAAGGCGGGGC